CGCCGCCCUUCUUUCCAAAUAAGGUCGGCUUAUCCAUGUACGGCAAACAAUCGGUGCGAGAUUGCCCUUUUCUCUUCCUUAUCCCGUUUAUAUGAUCGGAGAGGAACUGCGCUUCAGGUUGGAAGCGGUGCGAUCAUGGCCGAGCGAGUCCAGCAGCCCCCAGCCAAGCGGCUCUGCUGCCGGCCCGGCUACAACCCGGCAUGCAGGCAGGGGCAGCGGGCUGGAGGAGUUCUGUGUGGCGGCGCGGGGUCCGCUCCUGGAGGGUCGGGGAACGGGAAAACGCACAACCCGGAGUCGCUGCUCGACAUCGCGGCGCGCAGAGUCGCGGAGAAGUGGCCGUUCCAGCGGGUGGAGGAGCGAUUCGAGCGGAUCCCGGAGCCCGUUCAGCGGAGGAUCGUAUACUGGUCUUUUCCGAGAAGCGAGAAGGAGAUCUGUAUGUAUUCCUCUUUCAACGCCGGAGGAGAGGAAAGUGGAAGUAGCGGGGACAAUAAUGACGAGACGCAGCUGCCUUUCCUGCGGGGUGUCACUCUGCUGGAGGGUGGCUGGGUGGACAACGUAUUGCAAGUCGGUUUUCAUCUGAGCGGCACAGUGACGGAUCCCGCCACCCCGUCGUCCCCCGAGCUUGUGUGCAGCGUGAGCGUCAGCUUCGACCGCUGUAAGAUCACGGCAGUAACGUGCACCUGCGGAAACAAAGACAUCUUCUACUGUGCCCACGUAGUGGCACUCUCGCUUUACAGAGUACGGAAGCCCGAGCAGGUCAAACUCCACCUGCCCAUUUCGGAAACCCUGUUCCAGAUGAGCAGAGACCAGCUGCAGAAAUUCGUCCAGUAUCUCAUUUCAGUCCACCACACAGAGGUUCUGCCCACUGCACAGAAACUGGCUGACGAGAUUCUGUCACAGAACUCGGAGAUCAACCAGGUCCAUGGGGCCCCGGACCCUACAGCAGGGGCGAGUGUGGACGACGAGAACUGCUGGCAUCUGGAUGAGGAGCAGGUUCAGGAGCAAGUCAAGCUUUUCCUUUCCCAGGGAGGAUACCACGGCUCCGGCAAACAACUCAACCUGCUCUUCAGCAAGGUGAGGGAGAUGCUGAAGAUGCGCGACUCCAACGGAGCGAGGAUGUUAACACUGAUCACAGAGCAGUUCAUGGCCGACCCUCGGCUGGCACUGUGGAGACAGCAGGGCACCACCAUGACCGACAAGUACAGACAGCUCUGGGAUGAGUUGGGUGCCCUGUGGAUGUGCAUUGUACUGAACCCUCACUGUAAACCAGAGCAGAAGUCAUCAUGGCUGCGCCAGCUACGCAGAUGGAACAGCGUGGACGUCUGCCCCUGGGAGGAUGGUAACCACGGCAACGAGCUGCCCAACCUCACCCACUCACUGCCUCAGGGUGCCCAUGGCAACCAAGAGAUGCGUCCCCACCGGACUGUGUUCACACGAGCCAUCGAGGCCUGUGACCUGCACUGGCAGGACCGGCACCUUCAGCACAUAAUCGCCAGUGACCUCUACGCCAACUACUGUUACCAUGACAACCAGGAGGGUUCCCUCUUUGACUCCCGCGGCUGGCCCCUGUGGCAUGAACACGUCCCGACAGCCUGCGCCAGGGUCGACGCCCUGCGCUCACACGGUUACCCGAGGGAAGCCCUCCGACUGGCCAUCGCUGUGGUGAACACGUUACGAAGGCAACAGCAGAGACAGCUCGAGCACUUCCGCCGGCACAAGAAAGAGGUGCUCCAGAAAGGCCACACCUCCAUAACCAACAUGGAGGGCUGGGUGGGACACCCCCUCGAUCCUAUUGGUACCCUGUUCAGCACGCUGACUGAGUCAGGACGAUCAGGAGAAGAGGGCUCGAACACCUGCUUAGACCUCUCAGACUGCUCCAGCGUCGUAAGCCGAGCGGACCUCCAGCGGUUGCCUGUGCAGCGAUUGCUCGGCGACGGCGAAUCGUACGUGGCGCUCGCGGUGGAGACAGCUUUGAUAGGUCUGGGCCAGCAGCGCGUGAUGCCCGAUGGGCUUUAUGCUCAAGAGAAGGUCUGUCGCAACGAGGAGCAGCUACUAGCCAAGCUGCAAGAAGUGGAAUUGGACGAGUCCUUGGUCAAAAUCUUCCGUAAACAGGCUGUCUUUCUGCUCGAGGCUGGUCCGUACUCUGGCCUCGGAGAGAUUGUCCACAGAGAGAGUGUCCCCAUGCACACCUUCGCCCGUUAUCUCUUCAGCUCUCUCCUACCUCAUGACGCUGAACUUGCGUACAAAAUUGCACUGAGAGCCAUGCGGUUGCCGGUGUUGGAGUCGACAGCCUCGUCUGGUGACCUGUCGCGACCUCACCACAUUGUUUCGGUGGUUCCCAAUCGCUACCCGCGCUGGUUCACCCUAAGCCACAUAGAGUCUCAGCAGUGUGAGCUGGCCUCCACCAUGCUCACCGCUGCCAAAGGCGAUAGUCGCAGGCUGGAAACAGUCCUGGAGUCCAUCCAGAAAAACAUUCACUCCUCGUCUCACAUCUUCAAACUUGCACAGGACGCAUUCAAGAUUGCCACGCUGAUGGACAGCCUGCCCGACAUCACGCUUCUCAAAGUCUCUCUGGAGCUGGGACUGCAGGUAAUGAGAAUAACGCUGUCCACGUUAAACUGGAGGAGAAGAGAGAUGGUGCGCUGGUUAGUCACAUGUGCCACCGAAGUUGGUGUGUACGCGCUGGACAGCAUCAUGCAGAGCUGGUUCACCCUCUUCACCCCCACAGAAGCCACCAGUAUUGUGGCCACCACGGUCAUGUCCAACAGCACUAUCGUCCGCCUCCACCUGGACUGCCACCAGCAGGAGAACCUGGCUUCCUCCGCCCGCACCCUGGCCCUCCAGUGCGCCAUGAAGGACCCCCAGAACUGCGCCCUCUCCGCUCUUACACUCUGUGAAAAGGACCACAUUGCCUUUGAGACAGCUUAUCAGAUUGUACUGGAUGCAGCGGCAACCGGGAUGAGCUACACUCAGCUGUUCACUAUAGCACGCUACAUGGAACACCGCGGCUACCCCAUGCGGGCGUAUAAGUUGGCCACGUUAGCCAUGGCUCAUCUGAACCUAAGUUACAACCAGGACACACACCCGGCCAUCAACGACGUGUUGUGGGCCUGCGCCCUCAGCCACUCGUUGGGGAAAAACGAGCUGGCUGCCGUCAUCCCCCUGGUGGUCAAGAGUGUGAAGUGCGCCACCGUGCUCUCGGACAUUUUGCGGCGGUGCACGCUGACCACGCCGGGCAUGGUGUCCGCACUUCACAGCCGCAGGAACUCUGGGAAACUGAUGUCCCUGGACAAGGCCCCACUCAGGCAACUGCUAGACGCAACCAUCGGGGCCUACAUUAACACCACGCACUCACGUCUCACACACAUUAGUCCGCGCCACUACAGCGAAUUCAUCGAGUUCCUGGGGAAAGCCCGGGAGACUUUCAUGAUGGCUCAUGAUGGACACAUUCAGUUCACCCAGUUCAUAGACAACCUGAAACAGAUCUACAAGGGCAAAAAGAAACUAAUGAUGCUUGUGAGGGAGAGGUUCGGCUGAGGGUGAGGCUGGGGGGUCAACAAAAGCCCCCCCUCCUGACUCUAGUACUUUUCUAUUAACUUGAGUCUGCCUUUUUGAACUUCUUUUGGACUUCUAAAAACAGACAAAUGAAAAACGAGGGACGCGAUUUGUAGAAUGAAGCAAAAAGAGAAAGGAAAAGAUGACAAAAAAUCAACAGAGCCACACGUGGUAUUAUUGUUCUUGCUGUUGUUAUUGUUAUAAACAUUAUUACUAUUAUUAUUAUUAUUAUUAUUAUUGAUAACAUUAUUACUACUACAUGUACAUACGUGUUUUUAUUUUUCAGAAGAGAGGAAAUUUGUCAUGUUGUGAAUGUUGUGUGUAUUUCUCUACAUCAUGUGUGCGAGAGGAAAAAUGAAAAGUGAAAUGGCUUUUUUUUUAUUUUUUAUUUGAAGCAUCUUUAUUUUCUCCCUUUUAUCAGUGUAUGAAGAGGUAUAUGUUGUCAAGUGGCAGAAGCCCUUCUACGAUAGCGCUCAUGUACAAGCAAAUAUAGAAGAAGAAGAAAAAAACAGCCCGGCAAUCCUCAAAGAGAAACUAAGGCUUUAAACCACACAGAGCACCUCCCUCUGUCUACGCCCUCACCGCUGGGUGCUGGGCAGCACUGCACAGCUCAGCUCGGCUCAGCUCGGCAUGGCACAGCUUGGUUUAGCACUGACAGAAAGCUGCCAUCAGCAUUUCUCCAGACACAGCAGUAGUAGCAGUAGCAGCAGCAGCAGCAUUGGGCACAUGGGAAGCUAUUGGUGUUCUCUGGGUCCCAGGCAUUAGUUUCAUGACGACACAAUAAUGCUCUGAGCUAACUUGGUGUUGCUCUGGUCGUAGUCUGUCUCACACACCCUUUCUUACGAGUGCCUGUCGAACACAGCGAGCAGGCGCUACACGUACAAACAAAGGCUACAUCCAAACUACUGUGCUUUCAUUUGAGAAAAAAAAAGCAUUUUCAGAUAUUAAAAAUCUGCAUCCAGACUCAAAAAACACCUGAAAAUGAUUAUGUACUGGUGUAAACAGGACGUUGACUCUCUGCUCUGCUGUUACUUAGUUUGGUCAAAUAUAAACAUAGAGGAACAACCGUAGGCUGCGUAAUUAAAUGGCCGUAGUCUUCCAGUUUCCAAGUCAAGUUGAUCGGCUUUUGCCACCAGAAUUUCACCUGCAACCAGACACUCACAUAAGCCAUGCUUUAUCGUCCAUCAGCCUCUAAUGUGGAACAUCAUUUAUUUACCAAAUUGACAUCAUGUGCUGUUGAAGAAGACCUGCAACUAGUGACUGAGACAUCCACUCCUCAGGACAACGUUUACCGACAUUAGAAGUCAAGUAAGAAGUGCGCUCGUUUUCCCAUAGACUUCGGUUCAAAUGGAGUUCUUUCUUUUUGCAACCAGCCAAGUCGCCCCCUAGUGGCUAACUGCUACUUCUGCGCUUUAUCUUUUUAAAUGAGAAGGCUACGUCCAUUUUCGCAUACGGUCUAUAGAAACAACAGGUGAAGAGGAAAACUGGGAUUUUCACUCCCAAGUUGUUGCUGGUAAUGACCAAUCGGGUGCGUCUGUGCUUCUGUUUUCAAACCAAAAUUAAGAUAUGAUCCAUUUUCAGUACUCUUAAUCAGGGGAAUCACCCCCCCCCCCUUUUUUUUAA